GAGACCAAGUCGCGUAAUCCGAUCUUUUGAACGCGUCUUUCCACAUGAGACACCUUCGCAUCAUCAUCACUUACUACAAUCACCACCACCACAUCUACUAGACAAACCGCCUCAUACCAUAGAAAAUGACUAGCUACGGAGGAUACACAGGCACGACGUACGGCGGCGGCGGCGGCGGCAACGACGGGGGCGGGUUCUUCGGAGGGUCGCAGAGCGGGAGCCAAGCGGCGGGGAGCGCGGGGAGCGAGGACUCGCUGCGGCCGGUGACGGUGAAGCAGAUCCUCGACGCGGAGCAGUUGUUCAACCGGGACACGAGCUUCCGGAUCGACGGCGUCGACGUCUCGCAGGUCACCUUCGUCGGCAUGAUCCGCCAGAUCAGCCCCCAGACCACCAACAUCACCUACCGCCUCGACGACGGCACGGGCAUCAUCGAGGUCAAGCAGUGGCUCGACGCCGACCGCCAGGACGACGCCAGCAACAACAACCCCUCCUCCCCCUCCCGCUUCCACGAGGACCAGUACGUCCGCGUCUGGGGCCGCAUCCGCAGCUUUGGGAAUAAGCGCCACGUCGGCGUCCACGUCAUCAAGCCCGUCACCGACUUCAACGAGGUCAACUACCACCUGCUCGAGGCCACCUACGUCCACCUGUUCUUCACCCGCGGCGCGUUAACGACCGGCGGCGGCGGCGACGGCGGCGACGGAAAUGCCGCCGAAGACGACAGCAUGUUUGUCGAGAACAACGAUUCCGUGUUCCUGCAGGGCGCGUCGGCCAGGGCGCGGAAGAUGUACCAAUACCUCAACCAGGCGAAGAGCAGCGAGGGCACCAACCUGCACGUCAUAGCUAGGGAGGCCAACAUGACGGUCCAAGAUGUGAUGGCUGCUGCCGACGAGCUGCAGGGCCACGGCAAGAUCUACACUACUUUAGACGACGAGACGUUCGCCGUACUGGAAGGAUUUUAAAACGGCAUGGUCUCGGUAGCGAAUUGCUAUCGAAGUUGAAAAAAAUAAAAUAAAACGGAAAUAUGCUGCAUGUCACGUUACGGCGUUUUUGGCAUGAUAGAGAGAGAGAGAGAUUAUGCGAGGCAUAAGGCGGACAUCAAUCACAUGGGGCUUGGCUGCGAGAAUGGCACCAAUAUGUAUAAUGAAUGUUUUCUAGUGAGAAUUAUCUACCUAGAUACGAAGGAUUGACUUAAUGAUACCUAAAAACAAAUGAGGAGCCACAAUUGAAGAUAAAUACUAGUAUGCAACCACCCCCUUCAUCUCCCCCCUUGAUAAAUGAAUAGCGAC